UAACUAUUGCGGAUCUAUCUGCACUGAACAGAUUGCUCCUUUUCUUAAAAAACAGGAUAAUAACAAAAAACAAAGAUGGAGCCAACUGAAGUUUAUGACUACUACGACUACGAGGAUGCCGAAAACUCCACCAUGUGUGACUAUUCUGAGUGGACGCCGUCAUACUCCGUCAUCCCCGUGCUGUACAUGCUUAUUUUCAUCCUCGGCCUCUCCGGAAACGGGGUGGUGAUCUUCACCGUGUGGAGGGCACAGGGUAAGCGGCGUGCAGCUGACAUCUACAUCGGCAACCUGGCGCUGGCUGACCUCACCUUUGUGGUCACUCUGCCUCUGUGGGCCGUUUACACCGCCAUGGGCUACCACUGGCCCUUUGGGGUGGCCCUGUGUAAGAUCAGCAGCUACGUGGUCCUGCUCAACAUGUACGCCAGUGCCUUCUGCCUCACCUGCAUGAGCUUCGACCGCUACCUGGCCAUCGUCCACUCCUUGUCCAGCACCCAGCUGCGCACCCGUGGCCACAUGCAAGCCUGCCUGACAGCCAUCUGGCUGCUGUCUGGUGUCCUGGCUGCCCCGACUCUGGUCUUUCGCACCACUAUAUAUGAUCCAACCAGCAACAGCACGUCCUGCGCCAUGGACUUCAGCCUGGUGAUGACACGGAAAGAUCAAGAGAGCCUGUGGAACGCUGGUCUCGGCAUGUCCUCCUCAGUUCUGGGCUUUCUCCUGCCUUUCUUGGCGAUGAUGUUGUGCUACGGCUUCAUCGGCUGCACCGUGACCCGCCACUUCAACACUCUGCGCAAAGAGGACCAACGUAAGAGGAGGCUGCUGAAGAUCAUCACCACGCUGGUGGUGGUGUUCGCCGCCUGCUGGAUGCCCUUCCACAUUGUGAAGAGCGCUGAUGCCCUCUCCUAUCUGGAGUUGUUUCCCGCCACUUGCAGUUUCCUGCGCUUCCUGCUGCUGGCUCACCCCUACGCCACCUGCCUGGCCUACGUCAACAGCUGCCUCAACCCCUUUCUAUAUGCCUUCUUCGACCUGCGCUUCAGAUCCCAGUGCCUGUGCCUGCUCAACCUCAAGAAGUCCUUGCACGCGAGUCCCGCCAGCUCCCUGUCCUCUCAGAAGACAGAGACUCAGUCUCUGGCCACCAAGGUGUGACGACAGCUGAGGGCCCAGAUGCAUGCUGGGGAAGAGGUGAACAAUGCAGAAUAAAGCAGGUAAAUCAAAACAGCGCUGGGUGCUUGCUCACGGAUCAGGUCCUCGUGUCCGUUUCGGAGUGUCACCUUUGCUCCUCUCUGACUCUGUGGACUACUGUGGCCAUUUGCCUGAAGACGACAGUCAGGCUUGUGGUUUUGGGGUCUGACCACACUCAAACUCCAGCCUCACUUUCAGGAGCAGAGGGUGCGAAACUGAACUAUUUACUACAAGGGACCAAGCAUAAGCCAGACUUUUUGAAAAAGUGGAAUGUAUUAUAAAUGGAACACAUGCUUGUGUGGUUCUCCUGUGGACUUUUAUGCAAAAAUACUGAGCUUUUGAACUCCGCAAUCCUGUCGUCAAGUCACUCAUUUGCCCCGGCUGUUCUUGUUUUCAUUUUUCAGCACUCGAGGUGUGUUAUCAACCAGACUACCCCACUCUCCGACUCAAACUGUGAUAUCUGCAUCACAGCCAGCAGUGUUACGCAUGUGUGUGUGUUUAUGUGUAGAAAGGGUGUGUCAGGUGGUAAGAGGUGUUGGAGUCUGAUAAGAGUGUUGUAAGGAGGGGUGGGGAUAGUGGGAGAGGGGGGGGGGGGAAUCCCAGACAGACAGACAGAUGGCAGCUGACAAAUAUUUUCAGGCUGUUAGAGGGCCCAAUUAAAAGGUGACUGCUCUGACAGUCUGCGGUCGUGUGACUGUGUGUGUGUGUGUGUAUGUGAAGGAAUGAGUUUGUUUACUGAGCGUCAGAAUGGCAAUGACUUUGUUCCUGACAAAUAAGCAUUUUGUGAAUGCACGUCAUUUUGAAUUGAUUGUUUAUGAUUUGUAAUUAAAAAAAGUGCUUUGAAAAAACACAAACAUUCUGUCUCCCUCUGUCCCUUGUGAUAGCUUGUUAUGUCUCGCUGGAAUGUAUUUUCUCCUAUCCAGUGAAUGUGCUUCUUCCUGUUACUGCAUUGCUGAGGGCAGGCAGUCUCCCUCCUAUUGUGUUUCGCAGGGCCGAAAUCAAAGCAUGUGUCUGGAGGAAAUGCAAGUUUGACUUCUGUUCCUCUCCUCCGGCAUGUUUGUUUCUUCUCCUCCUCACAAUUCUCUCACACAAACAGUGAGAACAAAAGUUCCUAAAUUGGAUCAACCACCAGACAUUUGGCUUUGUUCCAGAGAAGUUUAAGUCUCGAGGUUUAAUUACCACAAAAUUAGGGUUCUUUUUUCCCGUUUCAACAUCCCAGUAUACCCCUGAAUGUGUCCCUGUGUUGUUAGUUCAUCAUAAUUAAGCAUAGCUGAAUGUCUUGGUUUUAGCAAACACACUCAGAACAGCUUGCUGAGCUUUAUAUUAGAAUUCAACAAUGUUGACUGUAAAGAGCUUUUUACAGGAUGUAAUCAGCAACAGCAGGGAGACAGAAGGAUUGAA